AUGCCGUCCUAUAAAUUUGAAAGCCCCAUUAGGGGUUUGAUAUCAGUCAAGGAGGAGAUCAAACUGCCCAAAUAUCAACCUUCAUCAGUGGGAGAACAACCUGUCAAAUCUGAUGAUAUGUAUUCUAUAAAAUGGCCGUCUUAUAACAAUAACGAUGUAGAAAAGAGAAUUGAGAAUGUUUUGGGUCCGUUGUCAUUGUUUGCUCCUUUUCCUCAUGAAGAUGAGCCAGAAUAUGAAGAAAUUGAACUUGAGAGACCUGUCACUCCUAUUAAUGAGGAGAUCAAGGUUCAACCAUACUCAUUUGAGAAAUUGGCCAAGUAUUUAAGGAGAAGAAUAGCAGUCAAAUCUGAUGUUUCUUAUCUCUCUGUUGAAGAUCAAAAAGAUCUGUCAGCUAUAAUCAUGGCAGAAGUCAGUAAUAUUUGGCCUGAUAUCAGGAGACAGAUAGAUGAUCCAUUCUUGACUCCAGAAGAAAAUAAGGAGUUAAACAGAAGAAUAGCUGUACAUAUAGUAACAGUAGCUGAGAAACUCUUUCAACAUUAUAUACAAAAAGCUAAAGUUUUAAAUGAAAGAGGUGUAUUUAGUGGACCAGCCAAUAUGAGUAGAUUAAAGGCGCAGUUAGCUCUCGAUUCCAAUAAAUUUUUUAAUAUUUUGAUGAUAAGGCGUUACAUAGUAAAAGAUAUACGAGGGGCGAAUGGAGAUGACGAGUCCCCACGAAAUGGUGAAGUCUCAUUUUUAACCAGUGCUCGUACAGGGCAUGCACCUACUACAACUGUACCCCCAGAGGGCAGACUGACCUAUCAAGGAAUGAUAAAUCACAGUCGUCCAAAAUCUAAAUUAAAGAAACAUAAAGUACAGUCUGUAGAUCAACAAGUUAAAGAGAUGACAUCAUGUAUGCCUAGUUUAGAUACUAGAAAAUUGUUGGAUUUGGUAGCUGAUUUGCCUGAAAGAGGUUUAACCACACCGUCUGAAGAUAAUAGAGAAGCUCCUAGUCGUAUUUCAGAAACUGAGUCCAGAGCAUCUUACCAAAGUUUAGAAGAAAUCUCAAGGAAGAGAAUUUUGCAGAAAAGAAGUGAGUCAAUGGGUAACAUAAUGGCCGCCAGUGAGACUCUGUUAGAAGAGAUGGGUUUUAACGCUGAUCAGAUUCGAACUGAUCAAUUAUUACAGAGUGAACUAGAUAUACUGGAGAGAGAAAAAGUUUUGUUAAAAAAGAAGGGUGUUGUAACGGUAAAAAAAGAAAUAAAACCUGGAACAAGAGAAUAUAUAACAAACGAUCUUCAACAAUUAAUAUCUAAACCUGAACAGACGGACGAAACAGUCGAUGAAGAAUUACCUCCCUUGCUUCAGGCAAUAACCAGAAAUGCUCGUCAUGAUGAUGUAAAAGUUCGAAUGGAGAAAAAAAUGAAGGAAUUGGAAGAGGAGGAGAGAAAAAGAAAGGAAGAUGAAACGAUUGUAAUCAGAAAACCAACUCAACCUCAACCUGCAACAAUCAGUUCUAAAAUCUCAGAUAAGUUAAUGGUAAAAACAAGUGAUGUACGAGUUUCAGAGAGAGUUUGUAUGUCAUCGAUAGUACUGGAUAAAUAUUCUACUGUCUAUAAUGACUUACUGGAAGAGAUUGAUCCAGCCGCCAUCAUAUCUCUGGAUAAGAAUUUAUUUUUGAGUGAGGAGAUCCGUGAAGUUUAUAAAGAGAUUAAUAAAACUAUUCCCAAUGAUCACCUGACACUAGAUGCUGACGCCAUGUUUAUGAAUGGAGCAGAGAAUAUAAAUUUUACAGGAACCAUGGCAUCAGCCUCCUUGCAGAAAAAACCUAGUGAACGAGUCAUUAAUCCUAAGUUCACAAAAGAUAGUAAAGCACCUUGGGGUACAGCUGAUCCUAAAACCUGGGCCAAUAUACCAGAAGGAUUUGAACAAUAUAAAAACAGUUAUAAAGAAGAAGAUUCAAAGAAACCCAAUAUGAACAACACCAACUUCACGAUGACUAAUACCAAUCCUACGAACCCUACGUCAACUAGUAACCUGACAGAGUUACCUCCCGGUACAAACCAAAAAAUAUCGUCCUGGUUAACAUGGUGGAAAAAUACUGUUACUAGUGACGAUUAUAUGAAAUAUCUUUCUACACAGGAAACAGACUAUCUGGGAGCUCUCUACCAUUUCUACGAUUCUGAUGAUGAAGAUGAUGUAGAUGGCAUGCCAGGUCAGAGUCAUAGAGGACCAAUGUCAAGGUCAUCAUUCCAUAGUAAAUAUUACCCGGUAGAAUCCAAAGAGCGUCAAGAGAAGCGUAAAGAAUUACAGAAAGAAAAAGAAGAAUAUAACUCAGGUUAUUGGAAUGUUAAAACUGUUUUACUAGGAGGGUUGGGUAGAGACCCUCUUCUAGAUGAAAAUACGGAAGAGAAAGAGGUAGUAAAAGAGAAACCCCAAUCAGCUAAAACUUUAUCAGAACGAGCAGCAGCGGCUCGACAAGCUAAAGCCUCAGUUGGACAUUCCAGAGGCCCAUCAGCUUUCUCCAAAUCUACUGUAUCUCCAGAACUAGGUAAAAUGUCUCCAAUUAAAGAAGUGAGUCCACAAGACAGACUAGAGAAAGUGUGGACGGCUCUCUUAAUGCCUGAUAAUUUAAAACUAGACAUGGCCAUUAAAUACAGCUGUAACAAAUUCUUUCUGAAGUUACCUGAGGCUAUAGACCAUUGGGAACAUGUGACAGAAUCGAUUUUAAAACGAGAAACUUUGAUAGAAAAAUUAGAGAAAUUUGAAAGAAAGGCUUCAGAUCCUAAUAGAUUUUUUGAGAAAGGUCACGGUGGAAGUUCAGUCAAACGUUUAGAAGAAGCUAAAAACAGAAGUUUCUUUUAUAAGAAAAUUGAUCAAAUAGAGGGUGAUAUUACCAAAGAAUUGGACAGCAUUAGAAAUAAAUUCCAGGAUGAAAUCACAUAUGGGGGUCGUUUAUAUGUUGAUAAAAUGAAAUGGGAUCGUAUUGAAAUGUUAUACUGGUUACAAGAAGAACGGAAAGAACAUGGUAUAAAAUAUGAAGCUGCUAUCAGAGAAUUACCUUUAAAACUGGUCCAGUUAGAACCCUUACAUUCAACUUAA